AUGCAGGCGGCGGCGGGGGGCGCGCGGGCGGCCGCGCUGGCGCUGCUGCUGGGGGCGCUGCAAGGCGCGCCGGCGCGCGCCCAGGACUACGACUACUACGGCUGGCAGGCGGAGCCGCUGCACGGGCGCGCGUACUCCAAGCCGCCGCAGUGCCUCGACAUCCCCGCCGACCUGCCGCUCUGCCACACCGUGGGCUACAAGCGCAUGCGGCUGCCCAACCUGCUGGAGCACGAGAGCCUGGCCGAGGUGAAGCAGCAGGCGAGCAGCUGGCUGCCGCUGCUGGCCAAGCGCUGCCACUCGGACACGCAGGUCUUUCUCUGCUCUCUCUUCGCGCCCGUCUGCCUCGACCGGCCCAUCUACCCGUGCCGCUCGCUGUGCGAGGCCGUGCGCGCUGGCUGCGCGCCGCUCAUGGAGGCCUACGGCUUCCCCUGGCCCGAGAUGCUGCACUGCCACAAGUUCCCUCUGGACAACGACCUCUGCAUCACUAUGCAGUUCGGACACCUGCCUGCCACCGCGCCUCCAGUGACCAAGAUCUGUGCCCAGUGUGAGAUGGAGCACAGUGCCGACGGCCUCAUGGAGCAGAUGUGUUCCAGCGACUUCGUGGUUAAAAUGCGCAUCAAGGAGAUCAAGAUAGAGAAUGGGGACCGGAAGCUGAUUGGAGCCCAGAAAAAGAAGCAGCUACUCAAGCCAGGCCCCCUGAAGCGCAAGGACACCAAGAGGCUGGUGCUGCACAUGAAGAGCGGCGCCAGCUGCCCCUGCCCACAGCUGGACAGCCUGACCGGCAGCUUCCUGCUCAUGGGCCGCCAAGUGGACGGACAGCUGCUGCUUAUGGCCGUCUACCGCUGGGACAAGAAGAAUAAGGAGAUGAAGUUCGCGGUGAAAUUCAUGUUCUCCUACCCCUGCUCCCUCUACUACCCCUUCUUCUAUGGGGCCGCUGAACCCCACUGAAGGGCGCUCCUCCCUGCCCCACUGCAGCCAGCUGUGCCUUGCCCUCUCCCCACCCCUGGGGCACUCUCUCUUCCUGCCCACUUGGCCUCACCCCUACUCCCAGGCUGAC